AUGGCUUUUGACAAUACCCCGAAAUCAUUGAGAGGGUCGUCGUCUGUGAUUCAUAUUGAAGGACACAAAGUACGCGCACUUUUCGAUAGUUGCAGUAGUCAGAGUUUCAUACACCCUCGUCUCAUAGAAAGGUGUAACCUCCCAAUCAAAAGGGACACAGUUAAGGACAAGGUAGCAAUGGCUUCUCUGGCGUGUUCCAUGCCUAUAAAAGGUUGCACAGCAGCUGAUAUUGAAUAUCAGGGCCGACACUAUCAAAAAUUCAUAUUGAGAGUAAUGGAUGAUCUAUGUUGUGACAUUUUACUUGGUAUAGACUUUCAAGGACAACAUCAAAGUGUAACUUAUAAUUACGGCGGCGAUCGACCUCCAAUGUCUGUGUGUGGCUUUUCAACUUUCAAAAGUUUGCCUCCAGAACCAUUCAAAAAUCUGACUGCUGACUGCCAUCCUAUUGCUACAAAGUCUCGUUGGUAUUCCAAAGAUGACAGAAAGUUUAUUGAAAUGGAGGUCAACCGUUUGUUACAGGAAGGAAUUGUAACGCCUAGCAGAUCUCCGUGGAGAGCUCAAGUUGUCGUCGUAAAAGGUGAAAAUGGGAAACGAAGGUUUGUAAUCGAUUAUUCACAGACCAUCAAUAAAUUUACUCAGUUAGACGCGUUUCCUUUACCUAAUAUGAGCGAUAUAAUCAACGAAAUUGCUCCUUAUCGUGUGUAUAGCACAGUGGAUUUAAAAAGUGCAUACCAUCAGGUUCCACUUGAAAAGGAAGACCAGAAAUAUACUGCUUUCGAAGCUGCGGGUGCUCUGUUCCAGUUCACUCGUUUACCGUUUGGAGUCACAAAUGGUGUGGCCUGCUUCCAGAGGGCAAUGAUGAACCUGGUAAAAGAAGAAAACCUGACCGGUGUUUUCGCGUAUCUCGAUAACAUUACCAUUUGUGGGCAUACUCAACAAGACCAUGAUAUCAACUUGCAGAAGUUUCUAGAAGCCGCUAAACGACGAAAUCUAAAAUUGAACAAAAACAAAAAGCAUAUUUCGAACCAGAAAACUUCAGAUUCUAGACCACUAGCAUCUGCGAAAACUUUUCCUCUCGACGACCAGUCAAUUCAUGCGUUUCACGAAUUGAAGCGACUCGUAGAAUCUGCUGUCGUCAUAGCUGUGGAUGAAACUUUACCUUUUGAAGUAGAAACAGAUGCCUCUGAUGUAGCAUUGGCUGCAACCCUAAACCAAGGUGGGAGACCAGUGGCUUUUUUCUCUCGCAUGCUACAAGGUCCAGAACUCAAACACCCUUCAAUAGAGAAGGAAGCAAGGCCAUCAUUGAGGCUAUCAGAGAUCCGUAUCAUUUAUGUUCAUCGAAAUCACAGAACAAAGAUUAAAAAUGAUAAAUCAUGCGAUUGGCGACUAGAACUCUGCUGCUAUAGUUUUGACAUUCGUUGUCCUGGGCAAGAAAAUAUUCCCUCUGAUGCACUUUCAAGAAUAUCGUGCGCAACUGUACAAGAUCCCGAAAAUCAUCUUUUGUAUAAACUUCAUGACGCUCUGUGUCACCCAGGAAUUACGAGAAUGUCUCACUUUAUUCGAGUCAGGAAUUUGCCAUAUUCGAUGGAUGACAUUCGAAAAGUUGUUUCAACAUGUCCUGUUUGUUGUGAAUGCAAGCCGCGAUUUCAUAAGCCUGACACCGGGCACCUUAUCAAAGCUACACAGGCAUUUGAACGUCUCAAUAUAGACUUUAAAGGACCUCUACCGUCAAACAAUAAUAAUCGAUACUUUCUGUGCGUAGUCGAUGAAUUUUCGAGAUUUCCGUUUGCAUUCCCAUGUCCAGAUGUUUCCACAGCAAGUGUCAUUAAAUGUCUCACGCAACCAUUCACUACAUUUGGAAUGCCUGCUUUUAUACAUUCAGACAGAGGUUCUGCUUUCAUGAGUCGAGAACUUCGCUCUUUUCUCAAUGACAAAGGUAUUGCAACAAGUCGCACCACACCAUAUAAUCCUGCAGGAAAUGGACAGGUUGAACGUUUUAAUGGCACGAUAUGGAAUGGGGUGAAGUUGGCGCUGAAAUCGAAACGUCUUCCUGUUCAAUUGUGGCAUGAGGUUUUGCCUGAUGUUUUGCAUUCAAUACGGUCGUUGUUGUGUACAGCCACCAAUGAGACUCCUCAUGAGCGAGUUUUCAAAUUCUCCAGAAGAUCUAUGUCUGGAUGUUCUAUUCCAUCCUGGAUGUCAACGCCGGGACCAGUGCUUUUGAAAAGAUAUGUCAGGAAGUCGAAAACCGAACCUUUAGUAGAUGAAGUCGAGCUUCUGGAAGCAAAUCCACAAUAUGCUCAUGUUCGAUUUCCAGAUGGCAGAGAAACAACUGUAGCCUCAAAACAUCUGGCCCCUGUCGGUUACGAAAUUUCGAUGAAUAGGCAAGGGACAGACAAUAUCAACCACGAAACACCAUUGCACGUUAGAGACGAGUCUUCGAUUCAACUUAUGUCUCCAUCUAUCAAUCAAGGAAACAAUAAAACUCAAACGCAAGAAGAUAUUGUUGAAAAUAAUAUUGUCUCUAGAUCUCCAUCGCCUCCAGUUCUAAGGAGAUCAACCAGGGAACGCCGAACCGUAGACAGACUAAAUCUCUAAAGUGGCGGUGAAUGUGAUAACUUGGAAAUGCAACUCAAUGUAUCUAUUUGUUUAUACAGCUGCAGUCAAGCAAUGAUUGCUGUGGCGUUUUAAAUCAGACACCAAUCAUUGCUGUGCUGUAGAUGUAGUGUGUUAAUUCUUUCAACUUUAUUCAUUUAACUAUUGAGCCGCUUACUGUUAGCAUCAGCAAUUCGAUACGUAUUUGUUUUCUUGUUUAAUAACAUUUGCUUGUGUUAUA